AUGUUGCGCGUCGCCGUCAUCAGUUGGCUGGCGCUCUCGUGCGCGGCUCGACCGCAGGACGUCGCCAACAAUCGCGUCGUCGUGUUGUCGCCGAACGACGACGCCGACGCGAUUCACGUGGACGCGGCGUUGGCGGCGCCGCUCGAGGACGUCGCGUACGCGUACGCCGUCGAUUUCGCGGUGCCGGCGAGUUUGCCGCAAUUGCAGUGCCUCAAAUCGGCGCGCUACGCCACCGUGUUCGUGCGCGGCUUCAAUCCGGCCGGCAAGGGCUCGUUCGACGCCAACAGUGUGACGACGAUCAGAAACGCCUAUUCAGCUGGCCUCGGCAUCGAGGUCUACGUGACACCGCAGCCGGCGUCGAAGCUCACCGGCGCCCAGCAGCUCGACGCCGUCUAUCAAGGCCUCACGAAGAACUCGAUAGUGGUGCGCUCGAUGUGGCUUCAGGUGACGUCGCCGGCCAACUGGCCGGGAAGCGUCUCAUCGCACGUCAACUUCAUCAGCAGCUUCGUGUCGGGCGCCAAAAAGUACGGCCUCACCGUCGGCAUCUACACGAACCAAUACGAUUGGUCGCAAAUCACCGGCAAUUGGAAGUCGCUGGAUCGCAACACACUGCUGUGGUAUUGGCACGUGCUCGGCGGCGGCGUCACCGGCGAAACGACGCCGACGUUCGACGACUUCCGCCCGUUCGGACCGUUCGCCCAUCCCAGCGUCAAACAGUUCGCGCAGGUCGAGACCAUCUGUCAGUUGACCGUCAACCGAAAUGUCUACGCCGUCGGAAUUCCGGAAUUUGUCGGCGGCGAGCGCAUCAGCAAAUCGUCGAACAUCGUCAAGAGUGGCGGCGACGAGAUUGUCGUCGGAACCAUUGGAAUUUAA